AUGUUAUUUUAUUUCACUUACUAUAGCUCCACCUUCCACACGGGGCUUCUCUCCCUCCGACUAUAUAUCAAGAGCUACCCCCAUUAUGGGCUCCAAAUCACAACUGCAGAAAAACCUUUCGACCUCUUCUUUUCAGAUUCGACGCUCACCAACAUGAGCAAUCUCCCGAGCCACGCCCAGCCGACCGGUGAGAUCUCCUACGAUGGAUGGCGUAACGUCAUUGGCAUUGGUCAUGGUAAGGAUUGGGGCACCAAGUCAUCUGAUCCUUCGAACUGGCCGGCCCAGUUCGAUAGCAAGCCGUCUGCUGCCAUCAUUGAACCUGCAAUGACUGUCUCUCGCACCGAUGAGCUUCGCGAGGACUACAAUGCUGAAGUUGACGAAGUCGCAAAGGCCUGCGGCUUCUGGGACAUCCACAUGGAAGAGGUCGCGCAGAAGGAGGCUGAGAAUAAGGCCAACGAGGAGAAGCGUCGCAAGCUUAUCGAGCUUCUUCGGUACAACCCUAACUCGCGCACCACCGCUCCGGUAUCCAUUCCUCCUGACCUCUAG